AUGGGUCAGAGUCAUUCAUCUAUACCUCCUGGAGAUAGCUUUAUCAGAAAGAAGUUUUGGUAUGAAGGCCCUUCCCUGGGCUCUCACUUGACUUACAAGCCAUCCAAGUUGGAACUCUUAACAAAGAGCACGUCAAAGAAAACCAGGAAGGAAGACCACGUGCGCCUGAGGGCCCUGAAUGGCCUCCUCUACAAAGCGCUCAGCGAUUUGCUGUGCAGCCCUGAAGUGAGCCAAGAGAUCUACGACCUGAAUGUGGAGCUGUCCAAGGUGUCUUUGACCUCAGACUUCUCCGCCUGCCGUGUGUACUGGAGGACAACUGGCUCUGCUGAGCAGAAUGCACACACCCAGGAUACCCUGAAGCGAUUCUCAGCACAUAUGAGGCAUCUUUUGAUGUCCCAGCAGACUCUGAGGAACGUGCCACCGAUAGUGUUUGUUCAGGACAAACAGCAUGCAGCUCUAGCUGAGGUGGAUCGGUUACUGGCAGUUGCUGAUUUUGGACCCCCUGAUGAACAAGAAGACCUCACACAAAGUGACUUCAGGGACCCUGAGGCCCCAGAUGCUCCAUCGCCAUGUGACGCCCUGGGCCCUGCCGUGCACUCGAGUCUGUAUGGGAUUGAUCAUGAGGCUCUCAACAAGCAGAUCAUGGAGUACAAGAAGAGGAAAGAGAAAGGACACAGGGGCGAGAGCCCAGCAUGGCUGGAGCCAGAGCAGGUGGCUGAGCUGACAAGGCAAAUGACAAGGAGGAAGAAGGCCAAGCCUCGUGUGGACGAUGAUCUCUCCCCCAAGAACUAUCCAUGGGGGUUGGUGAGUGAAGACGACCUGGACGAUGAUGGGGCCCUUCAGGAGGAGUUCACCCCAGUACAGGAGUGGGAGCUCCGAGAAGCAGAGCAGAAACUGAAGGCAGAGAGAGGAGGUGACAGAAAGGACUGAGGUGACUGUUAAUGAUCACAAAGGGUGUGGGUGUGAGGCUUCAACUCUGCACCUGAUGGAAAUUCUGCUUUGAGAAGCACAGUCAUUUCUAGUUUUUCACAGGAAAGCCUUUGUAGGAUGUGCAGCUGAGUUACACCAGUUAUCUCUCUCAGCCCUGCUAUUACUGGUACUGUGGAAAGUAAGAUGGCCUGUGGAAAGUGCAUAAAAACCUUUUAGAUUGAUGACAA